GGACUCACGACGUCCGUUGUGUAUACCCACAACGGCCCGUACGAACAAGAGUAGUCCAAUGUGUAUGCACACCACACACCCUCCCGGCGCGCACUAGACCCAAAGCGGGCAACCGAUCCCUCAUACAUACAUCACCUAUCUCCACUUCACCCAACCGACCCGACCAAAUUCCGAAAUACAUCCCCAUCCUCCACCUAACUUAAAAGCCCCUCCCUCUCCUCUACAGAGCCCCCAGAAGCCCCCUUUAACACCCCACCAUGGUCACCCCAAACCCCAAAGCACCACUCAUCCUCAGCGGCCCCAGCAUCGCCGCCACCGCAGUAUCCUCCUUCCCCGACCCGCACACCAGCGGCAGCGUGACCUGGAAAACCCUCAUCUCGGCGCCGCAAACAGCCUCCGACUCGCUCACCGUAGGCAUAGCUACAUGCGCGCCGGGCAGCGCGGCCGGGUGUCGAGGGGACCUGAAACCGCAUCGGCACGCGCAGGCAGAGGUGUAUCACGUGGUGCAGGGUAGAGGUGUGAUUACUAUUGACGGGAAAGGGUAUGCGGUGGAGAAGGGGAGUGUGGUGUGGAUUCCGGGGGAUGCAGAGCACGGGAUUGUGAACGAGGGGGAGGAGGAGUUGGUGUGGGUGUAUGUGUUUGCUGUGGAUGGGUUUGAGGAUAUAGUAUAUCGGUUUGAUAAGCCCGGGGCUGGGACGAGGGAGAGAGCGAAGUUGUAAGUGUUUCGAAUCUAAGCAUCGCCU